AUGGGUAAAAGACAGCAUCAAAAGGAUAAAAUGUAUAUUACAUAUACUGAAUGGACAACACUAUAUGGAGGCAAAAGAUCUGGUACUUCAGUUGAAGAAGAUACAUCCUUUAAAAGACUUCCUUUUGACCAUUGUUGUCUAUGUUUACAACCUUUUGACGAUCCUUUCUGUGAUGGAGAUGGAAAUGUUUUUGAAUCAGAAGCUAUCAUUGCAUUUAUUAAAAAGUUUAAAGUUAAUCCUGUGACUGGAAAGAAAUUUGAUGUAAAAACAUUAACAAAGUUAAACUUUUUCAAAAAUUCCCAAGAUGACUAUCACUGCCCUGUUUUAUUUAAGCCAUUUACUAAAAACUCUCAUAUUGUCGCUAUUCGUACAACUGGAAAUGUAUACUGUUAUGAGGCAGUGGAACAACUUAAUAUUAAGGGUAAGAACUGGAAGGAUCUCGUCAAUGACACACCAUUCACUAGGAGUGAUAUUAUUACAAUACAAGAUCCCAACAAUUUGCAGAAGUUUAAUAUUUCCAAUUUUCACCAUAUUAAAAAUAACUUGAGAGUUGAAACAGAAGAGGAAAUUGCAAUGAAAAAAGAUCCACAUGCACGAUUAAAAACAGUGUCGGCUGAGACCAAAGAUAUACUUGAAGAGCUUGAAAAAGAAUACAAAGCACCUGAAGUUAAGGCGCCUAAAAAGGAGGUUGCUGACAAGUUCAAUGCCGCACAUUAUUCGACUGGCAUGGUGGCAGCCAGUUUUACUUCGACAGCCAUGGUGCCAGAGACAGUGCAUGAGGCCGCUAUAAUCUGCGAGGAUGAAGUCAAAUACGAGAGGGUGAAAAAGAAAGGUUACGUCAGAUUAGUAACGAAUUUCGGGCCGUUGAAUUUUGAGCUGUACUGUGAUGUGACGCCUAAAGCUUGUGACAAUUUUAUCAAACAUUGCCAUAAUGGAUACUACAAUGGAACUAAGUUUCAUAGAUCCAUAAGGAAUUUCAUGAUUCAAGGCGGUGACCCAACAGGCACAGGCCUCGGCGGUGAGUCCAUUUGGAAGAAACCAUUCGAGGACGAGAUCAGACCUAAUCUGCAUCAUACCGGUAGAGGAGUGUUGUCAAUGGCUAAUUCUGGACCGAACACAAAUGGAUCGCAGUUUUUUAUAACGUUUCGCUCUUGCAAGCAACUAGAUGGCAAACACACAAUAUUUGGAAAAGUCGUUGGUGGCCUGGACACAUUGAAUGCGAUUGAACAGAUAGAAGUGGAUAACAAAGACAGACCUAUUGAAGAUAUUGUAAUCGAAGUCGCUCAAGUAUUUGUGGACCCUUUUGCAGAGGCCGAAGAACAAUUGAUAGCUGAAAGGGCUGAAGAAUUAAAAAGACAAGCAGAAGCUGAAGGGCCAGGAGUGAAACCGAAAAAAGCAGUCCAACAACCACUAAAAGUGUUCAGGGAGGGAGUAGGUAAAUACUUGAACUUGCAAGAGGUAUCUACUAACACUAAAAUUACUUCUAAACCAGACGAGUUACCAGCUAAGAAGCCAAAAAAGGAAGGGAAUUAUAAGUUUGGCAGUUUUGACGCAUGGUAG